AUGAAUCGAUUUGGUAUACAUUUAAAAUUUGUCAAAAGAAAUUUUUUUUCAUAUAGAGGACUUAGAUGGAAAAGUGAAUCAAUUGAAAUACCACAAAAAGAAUGUUUGGUUGUUGAUGAAAAUAGAUUAGUAAAAAAUAAACCUUCUGAAGAGUCAUUGAUUGAAAAAUAUAAAGAAUUAAUUUUUAAUGAUCCUGUGGUUAAAGAUGCCCAAUUGUAUAUGACUCCCAUAGACAGGGAUAAUAAAAAAAAUAAUUUCAGAAGGAUAAUUUAUAAUGAAGGUGAAUUAGAUAAUACAGAUCUUUCAAAACCUCCAUCUCCUAAUAAUCCGCAUCCUUUUGAUCCAAAUAAAUAUUUACCUCCAACACAUGGUAGGAGUUUAGCUACAUAUAUAAAUCAUUUACCCCUUCUUCAAAAUCUUGUUGAUAUAGGUGUUGAUUUAUUGGAUAUUGAUACAAAUACAAAAAUUGGUAAACAUAUCGUAAGAUUAAACUGGGAAAAUGAUGUUUUACCAAAAAUAAAAUGGUUGGUAGAAGAUGUUGGUGUUGAUGUAAUAGAAUUAGGAGAUUAUUUAACACGAAAUCCAUAUUUUAUGUUACAAGAUCUGAAUGAUAUGAAAGUAAGAGUAAAUUAUUUAUCAAUAAAAAAAUUUAAAAAAAAUGAGAUAGCAAAGAUAAUUACUGAAAGUAGGUAUUGGAUAAAUAAUCAAGUUCAAAUAAUUGACAAAAGAUUAGGAUGGUUACAAAAAACUUUUAAAUGUAAACCUGUUGAGAUUAGGAAUGUUAUUGUUAAAGAACCAAGAGUUAUAAUGUACGGAACAGGACCAAUACAACGGAUAGUUCAACUACUUGGCGAAUCGGAAUUUCUAGUAUAUGAACAAAGGCAUAUUUUAUUAACUGAUCCAAGAGUAUUUAUGAUGGAUGAAAGUCACAUUCAAAUAACAUUAGCCUUUUGUAAAAAUCAAAUGAAACUUGAAAAUAAACAGAUAAGAGAAUAUCCUUUAGUUUUACGUUGUCCAAUAGCGGGUUUAAAAAGGAGGCAUACCUUUCUAAAACAUCUUAAGUUAGCUCAAUAUAAUCCUGAUGAAGAUAAUUGUGUAUCUUUAGAACUUUUUCUUCACCCUUCUGAUAAGGUCUUUGCUGAAAAAGCCGGCCGUGUCACUGUUGAUGUAUAUAAUAAUUUUAUUAAACAGUUUUAA